AUGGAGAAGCGAUAUGGCAAGAGAAGGAGACGUUAUGAGCAGCGAGCGAGACGUUUUAUGCGUCGAACGAGAAGGACAAGAAGAGCAGGUAAUAUAGCAGGGGUACUUGAUCAACUUGGUCAUUUACUAAAAAAAGAGCAGGAAAAGUAUUUUUCGAAAGAAAUUGCUUGUAUAGAGAAGGACUGGUGUUUACCAGAAAAGAGCAGGAUAGAAUCUCUGAAACCAAUUCUAGAUGGCAAAAUGAUUCUAAGAGUUGGUGGAAGAUUAGAGCGAGCAGAGAUGGAAUACGAGAGAAGGCAUCCAGCUAUCGUACCAAAUGGGUCUCGACUAGCUUGGCUAAUCAUGCAUAGUGCUCAUUCAGCAACUAAGCAUGGAGCAGUGCAGGUCAUGAUGCAGCAUAUUCGUCAGAAAUUUUGGAUUCCAAAGAUCCGAAGCGAGCUAAGAAGUUAUCUACAUAAGUGUUUAGUUUGUGUGCGACACAAUCAUCGCUUUGAGAUGCAAUUGAUGGCUGACCUACCAUCAGAGAGAGUAACAGCAGGAAAGACCUUUCUGCACACAGGUGUGGAUUAUGCAGGGCCGUUUGAGAUAAAAAUGGAGCAGGAGAGCAAAUCAUAA